UUAUUAAACAGAAAGGUUCUUGCUGUCUCUCACAUCUGAAAUAAAAUAAUAGAGUAAUCAGAUUGAUAAUUGAUAAAACGACAGAGACUUGGGUUGUCUCUUUACUCUUCUUUCACUACCCAGUGCCCACUAGCUCACAGAUCUCUCUGCUGCUCGAUACGCCAACGGUCACUUUGCAGUUUCUUCUCUUCUCUUUAACAGAGCCUCAAUAACACCAAGAUCAAGAUAGCUAUUGCAAUCGUAUUACUGUCUCUCUCUUAAAAAGGACAUGUUUCGCUGUGAAAACUUCACUUUCUUUCUCCUCCUUCCACUCAUUUUGCACGCGUUUUUGUUAGUGGUUAGGGCCCAGAACGGCGGGUUGGUGAUAUCGACGCAGCUGUGGUGCGUGGCUAAGAACAACGCGGAGGACGCCGCCCUGCAGGGGGCGCUUGACUGGGCCUGCGGUCAAGGGGGAGCGGACUGCAGCCCAAUCCAGCAAGGUGGAACCUGUUAUAACCCCAGUGAUAUUCAGCAAAUGGCGUCUUAUGCUUUUAAUGACUAUUAUUUGAAGCACGGCAUGACUGUUGAAAGCUGCAACUUUGAUAACUCUGCCGCGGUCACUUCUUUAAACCCUAGUCGAGGAAGCUGCAAAUUCCCUAGCUCGACACUGAAGAAUGGGAACAUUUCAGACUCAACAGCAACGACAGUGGGAACUGGGGCAGAUAGUGCAGAUUUUAGUGGCUGCAGACAGAUGGCUCGCACAUGGUUUUGGUCUUUCAUUUCCAUUUAUUUGUUCUUUGUGUUCACCCGAAUAAUUUGAGUCGUUUUUGUUAUUUUUUCUUCCUUAUGAAUGAUAUUCAAAACUGUAAAAGGAAAAAAGCCUUGAAGAAGAUUGAUCAUUCAUGUAGGCGUUGUGGGAUAGUUUUGAGUGAAUAUUUUCUGACAUUAUUGUAGUUAUCUUCAAUUGUUAAUCUACAAAUCAUGGUUGAUCCAA